AUGAAUAAUCAGCUUAAACUUGGUUCCUGCUAUGAAAAAAGUAUAGGAACUUCCAAAGGCAAAAAGAAAGCUGCUGACGGUGGAAAUUCUGUUGGACAAAUUGGCAGUAAUUCUGGUAGACAAAAUGAAACUUGUAACGAGGCAACUCAAGAAUGGAAUAAAAUCAAAACCAAAAAUGCACUAGAAAUCGACGAUAUAAUUAAAAAAUAUCUAAACACUUCGUUUAAUCUAUAUAAUAUACAGACAGUAAAAUCAAGAUAUAUACCCGAAGAGACCUUAGAACCCUCCCUCCCUACUAUCCAUCCGGUAGAACCUGUAUCUAAAGUUCCCGCAAAUGCAGCAGCACAAAAAAAAGCAGCAAACGAAAUCACCAUAGCAGAAAAAAAACUUACAGAAUUCGAGCAAAUUUACAGUAUUUCAACAAAUACUCAGUUUAAACAUGAUACAUAUAUAAAAAUAAGCAACCUUCAGACUCAAAUUAGAGCUAAUAAGAAUAGAAUUGCCAAAUUAAAAAGAAAUGCUAUGUAUACUCAAAAUU